GACUUCUAACUUUCUUCCUUUUUGUUUCUCUUCUGCACUUUCAUUUUCACUGCCCGGUGUCUCUUUUGGUUAUCCAUUUUUUGCGUGCACUUUGCUGUCUGUAUGUGACCAGAGCGACACGCCUGGUAAUCAGCCAGUGGCAGGUGUGGAAGAAUGUGGCGAUGGGACUGAAGGCUCGUGGUACAGCUUGAACCUUAUAAAAUUGCUCUUGGUUAAUACAAGCUCUUGCUCCUGCCAGUCGGAGGUCUGCACAUGGCUACUGAUGGCAGCACUCUCCAGGUCCCUUUGCGUCAGAAGCCGAGGAAGAAAACUCAAGGUUUUUUCACGAUGAGUCGGAGAAGAAUAUCAUGUAAAGAUCUGGGACAUGCCGACUGCCAGGGGUGGCUGUAUAAGAAAAAGGAGAAGGGAACUUUCCUGAGUAACAAAUGGAAAAAGUUCUGGGUGGUGCUGAAGGGGUCAUCGCUGUACUGGUAUAGCAAUCAAAUGGCAGAGAGAGCAGAUGGAUUCGUCAGUCUGUUUGAUUUCUGUGUGGAAAGAGCAUCCGAGUGCAAGAAGAAACAUGCAUUUAAGAUCAAUCAUCCUCAGAUCAAGACCUUUUAUUUUGCAGCUGAGAAUUUACAGGAAAUGAACGUGUGGUUAAGUAAGCUUGGACUAGCUGUAACCCAUCAAGAAACAACUACAAAGGAUGAAGAAUGCUAUAGUGAGAGUGAGCAGGAAGAGUCUGAACUAGCUGGGGAGACACCCCCACCUCCUUAUGCUUCCCAGACCUCGUCGCCUGUGACUGCCCGGCAAGCAUCUUCAUCCUCACCCAAGCUGGGUGCGGCCUCUAGCUGCUCCUCUUUGGAGAGUAAAAUAAAGACACCCAGCAGCUUUUCUUCCUCGGCAUCCAAAGAAAGGCAGUCCUGGCUUGACAUCGCUAACAGCUCACCUGCAGCCGAAGAUGUGGGGCAGCCCCCGAUGUUUGCUGUACAGGUCCAUGAGCCGGCACGGCCCUCAGAGGCACACAGUCACAGGGCCUCCGAAAACAGCUCCAUUGUCUCAGAAAGUGGGUUUUUGAACUCUUUGUCUAGUGAUGACACAUCUUCAUUGAGUAGCAAUCAAGACCAUCUGACCAUCCCAGACAAAUCUACUGGAUCAAGGAUGACAGAUAGAGAAGAAACAAAAGCAUGUGAAGACGAUGAGAUGGAAAAGCUCUACAAAUCAUUAGAGCAGGCUAGUCUAUCUCCUCUUGGCGACCGGCGACCUUCCACCAAAAAGGAGUUGAGAAAGUCCUUUGUUAAACGCUGCAAAAAUCCAUCCAUAAAUGAGAAACUGCACAAAAUCCGCACCCUGAAUAGCACGUUAAAGUGUAAAGAACACGAUCUGGCCAUGAUUAACCAGCUGCUGGACGAUCCCAAAUUGACAGCCAGGAAAUACAGAGAAUGGAAGGUGAUGAACACCUUGCUGAUCCAGGACAUCUAUCAGCAGCAGCAGACCCCGUCCGCCUCGGACAACACCUCUGAGGAGCUCCAGGAGCCGUCUUCCACCUGUGUGGAAAAUUCUAUCUGAGACAAAGCCAGGAUUCUCCCCCUCUGACCUCUUACCUCGUCCGGCAAACAGCUCUACAAGAUGCUGCAUUUCCUCCUAGAUGAAACCCAGUCUGUCCCUCACCGCCCCCCCUUCGGAGCUGCCCCUUAGGUGAAGACCAUCCCCGAAGACAGCAGGGCUUCUUGUCCCAAGUCUGUCACCAUGAUCAAGACUGGGGUGUUGGUGGUCAGUUGACUAGACUGGUUUCUGUGUUCUACCCGGGGCUCACAUCAAGGGGGAUGCCGGAUGGCACCUGAGUAAUGUGUCCUCUGUCCUGGCUUUUGAGAAAAUGACAACUUACCACAGACAAGAGAUCCGGUGUCAUUGGUGAUCAUGACUCACAGACACACCCUGUGUUCCAAAAGAAGCAUGCUAGUGGGUCCUCACUCUGAUGACAGUGCCAUUCUCCAAGGGACAUUUCCAGUGCAGGAAUGUUCUCUGUAGAAGUAGGUGGGACAAGAUACACGUUGCAUCAUGGACUAGAAAUGUCUCACCUCUUGUGUGAGUAAAGUAUGGAUCCUUUGUCAGUGGAGAAAUUCUUUAUGGAGGCUCAGGCCGGGGCAUGCUGUAGACUCAACUCAAGAGUCAUGUUGAUAUUUUCCCUUUUCCCAGGUGGAAGACUGUGAGUAAUGUUGCUUUUCUUCAGAGCAACCCAGAACAAAGACUCUUAUUAUAGUUGAAGGCCUCUACUCCCGGCUAACUUCCACAAAUAGCUGGCACUCAGCCCGACCAGGAAGACCAGGCUGAUGUUGUCUUGGGCUCUGGCGCCUGUCACACGAUAUGAAUUCAUACCCAGUUUUCCUGGGAUCAACAUGGAGAGAUGAUUCUGGCUUCAGCGUUAUUUCUACCUGGGGAAGGGGGAGGAGAGGGGAUGCGCACAAAUGAACCAAACAACAUCAACAAUGGAGUUAAAUAGGAUUGUUUUAUUUUUGUAUGUUUAUGUGUUCCACUGUGUGUUAUGUGGACAGCAAUCUAUGUUUCUUAUUUAAAUAUAUUUAUAGAAGUUCCAAUUAUAGUGUUCUCAAAGAUGAUAUACUAUUAUAUGGUUGGUUUGGUAAUAUAAAUUCUGGAAGUAUAUAUACUUUUUGCCUGAGAGAAGUAAGCAUAGUAUUGAUGUACGAGAAUUAUGUUGCACUAUAUGCUGUCAGGAAUGCUCAGGAAAUCCUGUGGGGAAAAUAUGGAGCAUGUGUUGAUCAUUUCGUCUCUCCAGCUUGCUUGCUCUUUCUCUCUCUUUCUCUUUUUCUCUCUCACUUUCCUCUUCUCCCUCCUUCUCAAUCUCUCCAGAUCCUGCCCUUAAGUUUUUCUAUCCUAAGCCAGCCUCUUAACUAAACCUAAAGCUUUACGACACUUACAUCCAUAAACUCUAGACCAAAUGAAACACAAAAUUUAAUACAAUCUCCUUGCUAAAGAGUAUGGGUUUGGGGGUUUGUUAUUAAAGCUUGCUCAAAGAAAACCAACUCCGUUUGUCUUCAUAGCUUAGCACAAUGAAGCUUUCUCAUCAUGAGAAGAACCAUGACCCACCAGGGCCACGGGCCCUCCCUGCCCUCGGAAAGUUGUUGACAUGACACACCUCACUAUGUCAUAACUCUGCAGUUGUGGCUUGCCAUUCAUGUGGAAAUAACCACCCCGUUUGCAUCUGUGCAUGCAGCGGAAAUAGUGGCUGAGUGUUUUCUCCAGCCUAAAAUGUCUUCAGUCUCUGUAAACAAGGGUUAAGAAAGAACACAAUAGAAAAUCCAGAAGGCAGGUUGAAGGAGCUCCAAACAUUUUUGAUCGGGGGAAUUUACUGGUAUAUUUACUUUGGCCUGUUUUUUUUUAUUAAUACGAAUUUAAUUGACCUUUUACCACCCUCAUUACAAUUCAAAUUUAAUGUGAAAAACGCCCACUGGGUCCUUUUUCCUCCUUUGUAAAUAAAUGCUUUCAUUAGCUUGAGCUAGGAAGCAGGGAUUGCUGACCUGUGGCCUGUGCUCAGGGGCAGAAGGGGAAGGAGGAAAGUGACAGGAAGAGCGGGUGGCGCGUAGGAUCCCUGGCGAUUUCUGUCUUGGUCUCAAGUCACUUUUCUGGUCUGAGAAAAGUGGGGAAAAGCAAUAGAUACUGUGCUGUCAUGUGUGUCCCCGAAAUGGAUGUUGGGGUGAAAGGAGAGACCCCUGUACUGGAGGAAGGUGUCCUGUGAAGACCCAGAGCCAGGCUGCCCAGUAAGCAGCCGAGGAUCACUGUGCUUCAGCCCCUCCAGACUUCCAGCACUCGCUACAGCCAUCAGAACUGUGGCCUUGGACUCUGGGUUUGUGGAAGCGACCUCUCUGGCUGCCCGAGCCUGUAGACCCAGAGGGAGCCUCCUAGGAGACCCGCACCCCUGCUGCCCUGAAAACAAACGCGGAAUCCCACAUCCUUCUUGCAUUUGAGGUGAUUCUGUCCCUUUGAGGAAUGGCUGCAGUGGCUCAAAGCUCAGAAUCCAAGUCCUGGAGAGAAUCCUAACUCACACACUCCACCCGAGGAUUACGGCUGGAGUUAGAUUUCAGGGUGAAUGCACGCACGCCUUGCACGCACAGCACUUUGGCCUUUGCAGCCCAGCCCUGACCCUGCCCGCUGCCCCAUGGCACUGGGUGACCGGGGUCAGCACUGAGGCUUCUAUCAAGUACCUUGGCCAAGGCCCCACCUCAGAGAGCCAGGUGUAAGGGGGAACCUCAGGCCUCUCAGACCCUUGCAGCCUUGCCUCUUUUUUGGCAGAAUCCGCAAUGCCCCAGUCCUGAGGUGACAGUUGGUCUAAGCUGGGUGCUGUGCUCUGUGUCCAGGGAAAGGACUGACCGGGACCCUGCUGGCCUUGGUGGCUCUCUGCUCAGCCUUCCAUGGGAAAUCGGAGGGAGCUUCUGGGUUUUCUGGGAACCAAGACCUGACCUGGUCUUUUUCCCUCUGUAAAUUGUACCACUGGUUAGUACUGUGAAGCCUUCAGAUGAAUGACCAUCUAUGAAUGGUGAUAGAUUUGGACAAAUGGAAAGUGCCCGUUCCUCACCCCCCGGAAGCACAUCAAGUCAUAAAUCAGAGACCCAGGUUAGUGAUUAAGGGUCAGUGCUCUCAUCUUCCUUUCUCAGUCUCCUGGGGGAGGGGGACUUCAAAUCGCAAGCUAUAAUGGACCUGAAACUGACUGAAAGGAAAAUAUUUUGUAAGUUUUUUACAGAGAGGUGCUAUGCUGACGAAAGCCAUAUUUAAAUUUCAGUCAGAUUCUUGGUAAGGAAGAGUGACUGUAUUUUGCUCUCCCGACACCAACGGCUUUAGUGAGUCAGUUAGGUGAGAGCCAAAUGUCAUUUUAUCUUGAAAGCUGCUGUGACAAGGGAAAGUUGUAGGAUGUCUGUCUUCUUUGGUGUAGCAGAAUGUGUCACAUGACAGAGAUUUUCCAAUGUCUUUCCUUUGUGAUAUUUUUGUAUACUUACCCACACGAGAAAUCAAGUCCUAGAAAUAGGAAGCAAGUACUUGCCUAAGAUUUUAUCCCCCAUAAUUGACAAGAAAAGCCCUUUAAACUAGAUAUUUUGCAAACCACAUGAAGUGGUAGUGAUUAUAAUAGACCUCCUAGGAUGAGACCUCGAACAGCCACAAGCUUUUCUGUGCUGAGACAGGAAAUGAUUUCUUUGCCUCUUACAGACAUCUUGAACUCUUUCCCAUAUGACCACAAUACCACACAGAAAGCAUCACAGAGUUCAACCUGAAAAAAAGUUCACAUUUCUCUUGAUAUUUCAGAACUUCAUUGCUCUGCAUUGACAUUUCUUUACCUUGAACCCAAAGGGAAGCAUGUACCAUGGAGAUAUUGAACACCCUAUAAUAAAAACUAGCAUUUGCAAGCACCACAUAUUGUAAUCUCUGAGCAUGACAGGGAUUUGACUUGUAACGCUGCAUGGUGUCUGGGGGCAAGAUGUACAUGUGAAACUAAUACCUUAAAUUUCAUUGUGCUUUUGUUCUUCAUUGUCAUAGUUGUCGUUGACUCUUUUUGGCUAACUAAACUGAUUUAAAAAAAAAAAAAAGGCAUGGUUCAUUUCUCCUGCUUUAUGGUUUUGCGAUUGACUUGUAAGGAAUAAAAACAAAUGAAAAUGUAUGUAGUACAGUAACGUGGGGAAAAAAUUGGAAACAUAUUACUGGUGUUCAAUUGUCUGCCUUGCACAGUUUCUUCCUUAAAGAAAAACAAAAAUAAAACAAAAUU